GAUCUCAUCGCCUGGGGUCUUACUAUACUCUAUUGUGACAAUAGAAGAUGGCUCCAGGCCAGUCCUCCGUCUUUUUCAUCUUGUGAGGCUGAUCUAAUGACUUCUGGUUUCUCUUACUGUUUUACGUACCCUUCUCCCUCCCCUUUGGCACCGUAAGCCGUGAGCACCCUUCCCCGCUCACGCAUGCUCACUCCUGACAAACCCGCUGUGAGAGCCACGUCCAGAAUCGUCCGGUCUUACUGUGGACAUUCAGCUUCUCAAUAAUGUCGAUACUCUCAGAAGCUACCGCAGCAGUGACAACGGCAACAUCAUCCGCGCAACCCCUAAACACGUCGCCUCCGAUCACCGCUACAUCGCUGUUGUCUACUUCACCGCGCGAGCUCCUCUCUUUACCCCUUCGAGGUCUUUCAAAAGCAGAGACAUUUGCAUUCUCAAUAGUACCAAAGCAGUUUGCUAGGAUGGCUGGACUCCAAGAAAUGGCGACACACAUCUGGGGCUCAGCCCCGGCCACGGGAUCGGAAGGCGAUACAGUGGUUCUUGCAACACAGGUCGCGGCGGAAGUGGUUCGAGAGAGCGUAGCAGACGCUGCCGCCCAGGCUGACUCUAGCCUCCCCACUAUUUCCGACAUUGUACAAGCCGUGGUAAAGUUCAGUGGGUUCUUUUCGUAUCUGACCGGUCGGUGGUCAUUAGCUUGUUUCACAGUAUCUCUUGUCCUCAAUAGAAUCACCAUAUAUGCAUCCACGCGACGGCGACUUCAAUUAGACUGGAGCAGGAGAUUCGCCCUGCGCAUAAUACCAAUCGUCCUCUUCGUCGCUCAGAUACAUGCCCUGCUUCGUGCUCUCCGAUGCCAGACAUCGCCGGACUAUUUGCUUAUCCGAUACGGAAAACCGAACAAGCGAUUGUUCUUUGAUUAUGCCGGAAAUGGCGGCUUUCUCCAUACUUUCAGCUCGGCACUGCUCCCUUGGGAAACAGAUGCGCAGUCUUGCAGUGCAGUACACAUGGGCCGCCCUAUCAACGCCUCGGACAUAUCAUACGGUUCCUUCCGGCUUCUGUGGCCGGCCUUCCUCCGGCUGUGUAUAAGUCACUUUGUGGAAACGCUUUGUUGCGCAUUGCAAGGAAGGUCGGUCGUUACAGAGGCAGGGAUGUCUAUCUUCGAACAUUCGCUUGCCUUUGCCGAAGCAGAAUCCACGAUAAGUCAGUCACUCGGCCUGGGUAUCUUCGGUCUGUCGAAGCAGAGUCCUACGAAAGACGUCAAAGGAGAAGGUGGCCAAUCUGUGCUUCAGUCAUUGAGCAAGGCGCAAGCUUUGGAGCGAAUGAACGUUUCCCCGGAGUUGCUGCUCAUCACUUUGAUUUCUUGCUGUAACAGUUUGACAUCCAAUCUGCUUGAUGUCUUUGGAAAGCAGAGUCAGUAUCGACUCGUCAACACGACUUUCUGGGGGGUCUGUUUCAUGUCUGCCAUCGCAUGGGGUACAUUUGGUGGUACAUCGACUGGCACUGAAAGCUUGGUCUUCAGAAUUCCGACAGUUUGCCUUGUUGGAUUUGUGCCCCAUCUUUUCAUCUUGCUGGGAAUAUUCAUUUGCGUCUUUAUCUAUGCCCUGGCUCUCGUGAUCACUGCCUUCUCGCUACCUAUGGACGCACCUCAGAACCUAUCCUUGAAAGAGAGAUUGUCGCUGGCACAUGAAAAUAUGCAGGGUGCCAACCAGAUCCAGAGCAUACGUUUCAACCGGCACGAUGAUUUCUACACCACCUCAUUAAGAAUCGGCUAUGGUGCCUUGACUGCCGCCAGACAGGCAGUCUUCUUGAAUGAAGGACGGGGAGUAGUCGCGCAAAGAAUGACUUGGCUGGAAAGGGACAGGCUAGCUGAAAUCGAGCUCAUGCAGCGCAAAUACUCAGGUGCACAGGGUCGUGACUCUGUAUACGGCGACCGCCAGAAAAGUGAGGAAUUGCAGGAGCUUGAGAUGGAAGCCACUGCGGAGUGGGAGUGGGAAUCUGGAUAUGCUCGGGAGAAGAAAAUCGAGACCACUGUCUCGCAGUCCGCGAGAGCACACGAUGAAUCCGAAGGUGUCGGCGCAUUCCGCGGUGUUGUCCGGUGCUAUCAAUCUUUUGCGUUCUUUCGUGCUAUCUUCCAUUUCUUGCUCCGGUGGACCGCGUAUGGCUUUGACAAGCUACUGAGCAAGAUUGGUAUCAACAGGCGGCCGCAGUGGCUCAAAUCGUUGGUUCGGAGUCAGCGGAAGAAGAAGCAUCGGGGAAGGAAGAACAAUCUAGAGAAGCUAGACUUCUGGGUAAUGUCGGAGGAUGGAGUGCUCAAAGUACCUGCCAACUCCGACUUCGAUGUGGAGUCCGAAAUGCGCCGGCGGGAGAGCAUUGAUGCCAGCCGCUGGGGAGAGUCAGACGAACGGCGGCUUGACGAAAAACUAUAUGACUGGUGGAGAGCUGGAGGUGCAUGGGGUAAUCAAGAUCGAAGUCCUGAUUAUGUGCCUUCUGUUGAGGACUGGGAUGACACAACCAGCGUUGUGUCAAUGGCAACAACCAGCGACUCGGACUGGGAAGCUUAUGAGUCGGAUGGACGCCGGACUCCCACUCAAGAAGACCCGUAUCCUGGUCGUUUGUCUCGUGAAGACACUCCUGUGCAGGAAACACUCGUUGAUCUUGGCUCCUUUGCCCGUUUACUGGAUCCUCGCGACCAGGAAAGCAGGCAGGAAGCUCGUAUACUCGCGGCACACCUUGCUGCGGGCCGUGAAGGUCGGAUCAUGACUCGUCGCCAGUUCCAGCAACAGGUCGAGCGCGACAGGGCCCGAGUUCUGCUUACUUCGCGUUUCUCACAGCUAAACCAGGGCUCCGGUGACGAGAAGCGGAAGCCUACACCAGAGGAGGAGACUGAGAUCUUAGAGAAGCUCAUCCUCUCCCAAAGAAUGGAGUCAUUCAACAAAUCCCCAUUAAACGAACAGACGUGGGAAUCGGGGGCAUCAGGCCUUGGCCCCAGCGGACCUCCGUGUGUCAUCUGUCAGACCAGUCCGCGGUCCAUUAUAACAUGGCCCUGUCGGUGUUUGUGUAUCUGUGAGGAUUGUCGGGUGAGCCUGGCGAUGAAUAACUUUGGCAGCUGUGUGACUUGCCGUCGGGAAGUUGGAGGGUUUGUCCGGCUGUGGGUGCCAUAGGUUCACUCCAGGUCUGUUUCCUUUGAGUUCUGUCUGCAGCCAUACUGUCUUGGCAGAUGCUGUUUCUCCUCUCCUAUCUGAGCCUUCUUUGUUACUAUAUGCAUAACAGGUUACCUUAACCACGGCGUUCGGGAUAUCGUCGUUUCGUUUUCGCUUACCGCAAUAAAUGGUAGAAUUGCAUCGAGCAUUCUUUCUUCUCAACUGUUCACUCCCAGGCGCUAGAUAAAUGAACAUAAUCUCCC